AUGCCCCGACACUGAAACAGGGAGCUGCUCCCCCCUCGCCGUGUCGGGGCUGAGCGCGCGCGCACUCAUCCAGCCGGCAGCAUCAUGACUUCAGCUCUGCCUCCGUCCAAGGCGCUCUACAUCGGGAUGGAGGUGGUGAUCGCCGUGUCCUCCGUGGUCGGGAACGUGAUGGUGGUGUGGGCCGUGCGGAUCAACCGCUCUCUGCGGGACACCACCUUCUGCUUCAUCGUCUCCCUGGCCUUGGCUGACAUUGCGGUGGGGGCUCUCGUCAUCCCGCUCGCCAUCACCAUCAGCAUCGGACUCCAGACGCACUUCUACAGCUGCCUGCUGUUCGCCUGCACCGUGCUCGUCCUCACGCAAAGUUCCAUCCUGGCGCUGCUGGCCAUCGCCAUGGAUCGCUACCUGCGCGUCAAAAUACCCAUGAGUUACAAGCGAGUGGUGACCCCCCGGCGAGCUGGGACAGCGGUGUUAUUGUGUUGGCUGGUUUCCAUUAUUGUGGGUCUCAUGCCGAUGUUGGGCUGGAAUAACCUGCAGCGCCUCCUCACCAACGGCACCUUGAUAACUAAAGACCUUGUGGUGACCUGUGAGUUUGAGACGGUCAUCAGCAUGGACUACAUGGUCUACUUCAACUUCUUCGGCUGGGUGCUGCCCCCCCUGCUGCUCAUGGUGGCCAUCUACUUGGAGAUUUUCUACAUGAUCCACAAGCAGCUCAACAAAAAGGUGACAGCAAGCCACACAGAUCCAAGGCGUUACUUUGGGAAGGAACUUAAAUUAGCCAAGUCUUUGGCUCUGGUUCUGUUCCUCUUCGCAGUCAGCUGGCUUCCACUUCACAUCCACAACUGCAUCACUCUCUUCUGCCCUGACUGCAACACGCCGGUGUUCCUCAUUUACAUUGCGAUCAUCCUCACACACGGUAACUCAGCCGUCAACCCCAUCGUAUACGCUUUCCGGAUCAAGAAAUUCCGCACAGCCUUCCGGAAAAUCUGGAAACAGUAUGUGCUUUGUCGGGAUCCAGUUGGUCGACUUCCUCAAAGAGGGAGCCAGAGAGGACGAGGUAACGAGACAAGGCUGCGGCAGAAUGAUGAUGACGAUGACGAUGUGUGACCUUUGGCAGCUAAUUGCACGAAAAGUGCAAUUGUGCACAUGCAGUUUGGGACAAUGUGGAAAAAAAGAACAAGAAAAAUCUGAAUUUUUAUGCCUGAUUUCUGAUCAGGAUGGCAUUAAUACUGGGGGACAC